GUUCCAUUUCCGACAACCAUCCGAAUCUCAACAACCACGCGAAAAUCUCCCAAGACUCGAAGAUUCAGUCUCCGCCCAACUUCGCGGUUAAAUUGAUUGACCUCUCGUGUUCUUUACGACAAACAGUGAGUUUCCCCCCUUCUUCUCUACGCAAGAUCUCCAUCUCGUCACCAAUCGUCCUUCAUAUUUUCGACGUCGGCGCAAAAAAUCAACGAUCUCUCUUUUCUAACAAUCGUUCGUCGCAGAAAAUCAUUCAAGAUGAAGCACCUCGCCGCUUUCCUCCUCCUCGGCCUCGGUGGCAACACCUCCCCCUCUGCCAAGGAUGUCAAGGCCGUCCUUGAGUCCGUCGGUAUUGAGGCUGAUGACGAGCGCCUGAACAAGCUCAUCUCCGAGCUCGAGGGCAAGGACAUCAACGAGCUCAUCGCUGAGGGCUCCAGCAAGCUUGCCUCCGUUCCCUCUGGUGGCGCUGGUGGUGCCGCCGCUGCUUCCGGCGGUGCUGCUGCCGGUGGUGCCGCUGAGGACGCCCCCAAGGAGGAGAAGGAGGAGGAGAAGGAGGAGUCCGACGAGGACAUGGGAUUCGGUCUCUUCGACUAAAUACCCCUCUCACGCCCUCGCCUCAUCGAAGAAUAUACGCAGCAAUCGGCCGACGUUUUCACAAGUCAUUGACAUGGGGAAAUCUCUCUUGGGUUGGGCUUCGGCACACGUUUGUGUAGGAACACCUGCUAGGUUCGGUCAAAUAAAAAGCUCGCUGGUUCUUUGAACAA